AUGUUAACCCGCUGGUUUUAUGAGCGUAGGGCAUUAAGUGAGCAGCAGAACGACCCUUUAACCGUUGAGGUGGAGAAGAAGAUUUCUAGAAGAAUAGAGAAGGGUGAAAAUGUUAAAGCUUAUCCUAUUUCUCAAUUCAUAUUACAGAUUAAAGGUAGAGGAGUAGAUUUUAUUGUUGAUUUGGAGAAGAGGACUUGUUCAUGUGGAAAGUUCGACAUAGGAAAACUUCCUUGUAGACAUGCCAUAAAAGCAUGUUUUAGUAUUGGAAAAAUUCUGUACCCAUACGCUGAUGAUGUGUUCACUACUGCUGCAUGGAGAUCAUUGUACGAGGAAACCAUUAAUCCUAUAGGUGUUCCUGAAGAUGAAUGGUGUGUUCCCGAAACUAUUGGUGAUGUAAAAAUUGUACCACCUGAGACAAGAAGAGGAGUUGGUAGAAGAAGAAAAAGAAGAUAUGAAUCAGUGGAAGACAAGAUAAGAUUGUCACAAGGAGCGAAGAGGCGUAAGUGUGGCCGUUGUGGUAAAGAAGGCCACAAUAGAUCGACAUGUGAAAACACGAUCUAA